AUGUCCCCCAAAAUCCUACGAGUGCCCAACGGACGAUUCACAGCUAGAAAGAAAUCAUCCAACCUUUCUACUAGCUCUUCCACUGCAACCUCAGCUGAAUCCUCUCCAUUAGACACACCAGAACUCAGAACCAGUGAGCUAGCAGCCAACACCUCGGAUUCAGAACAUGAAUCCCGCGAAGUCCAGAAACAACUAGGCUGUGCAGAAGAAGAAGAGGCAGAAGAAGACCGGGAAUCCUUGACAGGAGCCCUGAACCCAGACAAAAACACGCUCCCAACCUUCGAGGAAAGCCCAGAACUGUUGAAAGCGAGCUCGACCUUAACGCUCCCAUUCCAACCCUUAUUGUGGCCAGCCCCACCUAUCACACUCACCAAACCGCCAACCGUGAAUAACCCAGUCAAGCCACAGUUCAUAACUAAAGCACCAGUAAAACCGUCAAUGCCACUCCCAGCAAAGAAAAGGAUGGCAGGCAACACACCUAACUGGUUUCACAGAAAGGCAGAUGAAAAUGCCCAGAACUUCCUUUGGGAUGUAGAUAGGUACAUCGUGCUGAACGAUCUAAAGACGGAAGCAGGGAAAGUCAUGGUGUUCAGCACUCUGUUAUCUGCGGGAUCGAUGGCAGAUACAUGGUGGAUCAAACUAGACAGUUCGAAGAAGACUACCUGGGCAGAUGUGAAGACAGCGUUUAUGGAACGCUGGCCCGCAAUCCCAGUCGCUGAAAAGACGGGACUAGACUAUCAACGCGAGAUCUUAGCGUUGCGCCUAACAGAUGAGGAGGUUGGAACGCAGAUAAUGGUGGCAGGAGUAGCCACCUGGGCGCAUCUCAAGUUCCACAACAAUCUUCAACAGCUUGUCAGUGAAGCAGGAGUAGCCACAACGACGGGACUUGUGUACCAAGUUCAAGAAAACUUACCAACCAUCAUGAAGGAACUCACUACACCCAGUCUAGCAGAAUGGCAGAAAUUUCUGGACGAAAUUAAGAACAUCGAUACGAACAAGUUGCGAGAGAAGGCGGAAGGAGUGAAGAAGAAGAGAGAGAUCGAGAAGACACAGAACGCCCGGCUAGCCAGACUCGAAAGCAUCCAGACAGACGCUGUGGAAGUAAUGAGGCUACAACUCCAAUGCAUGAGCAUCGAGCCCAGCCAAGUGGGACAGGCAAUACCAAACGCCGCAUACCCAUCAUUCAAUCAGUCACCUCGCAUUCGCUACAGCACCUAG